AUGAUUAAUUGCAAAGUUUGAUACCUAAAGUGCUCCAAAUGAAGUUUAGGGUGAAAAUGAAAAGUUACCCAAAAGUAAGGGGCUAAAAUGCUCUGCAGAUUUAUCAUUUCUUCCUCUUCCUCCUCUCUCAUUCCAACGGCUAUCACCAGUAAAAUGCAGUACCGGCAAGAGAUCGAUCGCCGCCACAGCGUGGUGGUGGAGCUACCACUCGGCGACGGCGCUACAUGCGACUUGGAAAAAGCAGUAUGUAGUCACGGCCUAUUCAUGAUGGCCCCAAACCAUUGGGACUAUCUCUCCAAAACCCUAGAACGUCCAUUGCGCCUCUCCGGAAACAUUAAUGACGAUGAUCACGAAAAAUCUCAUCUCGUCCGAAUAUCUCAACCGCCCGAUUCUCCUCAUUCUCUCCAUCUUCGUGUUUUCGGCACCGAUUCUCUUUCUCCUUUACACCAACGCUCUCUGCUGGGUCAAGUGAGGCGAAUGCUGAGAUUAUCAGUGGAGGAAAAUGAAAGAGUGAGAAAGUUUCAGGAGAUUUGUGGAGAAGCAAAGGAGAGAGGUUUCGGGAGAGUGUUUAGAUCGCCGACAUUGUUUGAGGACAUGGUGAAGUGUGUGCUGCUCUGCAAUUGCCAGUGGUCAAGGACGUUGAGCAUGGCUGAAGCAUUAUGUGAGCUUCAAUUGGAGCUAAACCGUCCAUCAUCAGCUGUGUUGCUUUCUGCUGCCGAUAAUCUGAAUCAAUUCAAGGGUGUCACUGCCAAAUCUGAGCAUUUCAGUCCAAAAACACCAGCAGGAAAAGAAUCAAGGAAAAGAGCUGGAGUUUAUGGAUGUUGCAGAAAUUUAUUGGAGAGGCUCACAGAAGUCGAAGAAAUCGUGGAUGAAGGGAAAGCGGAUGUAAGUGUGAAACCUGCAUUUUCAGAUGGUAAAGAGGCUGUUCUCCAAAUAACUGAUGCUUUUCAGGCUACAACUGAAGUUUGUGAAGUUAGUACAAGUGCACCAUUCAAUGCUGAUCCUUCAGUAGAUAGAGAGCUGAGCUCUUUUAAUCAGAUUGGGAAUUUCCCUAGCCCGAAAGAAUUGGCAGGCCUUGAUGAGAGUUUUCUAGCUAAGCGUUGUGGUCUUGGGUAUAGAGCUGGGCGCAUUAUAAAGCUUGCUAAGGGCAUAGUUGAAGGCAGGAUUUCGCUGAAAGAACUUGAAGAAGCUUGUUGCAACCCAAGCUUGUCCAACUAUGAUAAAAUGGCUGAGCAACUGAGAGAAAUUGAUGGAUUUGGCCCUUUUACUUGUGCUAAUGUACUGAUGUGCUUGGGUUACUGCCAUGUUAUUCCUACUGAUUCAGAAACAAUUAGGCAUCUAAAACAGGUUCAUGCAAGAACCUCCAGUAUUCAGAAAGUUCAAAAGGAUGUUGAAAAAAUUUAUGCAAAGUAUGCACCGUUUCAGUUCUUGGCAUAUUGGUCAGAGGUAUGGCAUUUUUAUGAGGAAUGGUUUGGUAAGGUCAGUGAGAUGCCUCACUCUGACUAUAAACUUAUUACAGCCGCAAAUAUGAGACCGAAAAGAAGUGGCAAAUGCAAGAAGUUGAAGAUAACCCCGGCAGAAAAGCUUGGCGAGUAGGUUAUAAGGAAAAUGUUGAGUCCUAAUUUAGAGUUGGCAUGAUUAAUGCUGAAUUUGCUUUUUAUCUGUUCAUGUAAUUUCCUUUACCUUCUUUUGAAGGAAAACGUUGAAGUGACUAAUGGUGAAUUUGCUUCUUCAUUUGGUUCAUGUAA